UUUCUUGUGCCCGAGCUUUGUGGCAUUGGUCGAAUACCAAAAAGUUUAUUUCCUUUUAAUUAAGUGAAAUGCUAGUAUCUUUAAGUCGAACAACAAAAUUAACAAGUACUUUGCUAUGGCAUCGGAUGAGGACGAAAUCUACAGUGUUUUCGCCAAUUCAUAUGAAACUUUAUGCUACGAAGUCAGGAGGAACAAUGGAUUUUAUCGAUGGAACCAAAAUGUCCAGUGAAAGGAUAACAAUAGGGGAUGUCACGAAAGUUUUAAAAGCACCAACAAAUCCUGAACUGGUGCCUAAAAAAUAUGUUCAGUACAGCGAUGAUGGUUCGUUAGAACUGACACAAUCAGCGCUACAUCAUUUACGAUGGAUGCUGCAGAAGGAUAUUUUAAAGCAGGAUAUGUUCCUUAUUGGUCAACCUGGAUCGUUGCGCCGGCAGUUAGCAAUGCAAUAUUUAGAACUAACACAGCGUGAAUUGGAAUACAUUGCGUUGAGUAGAGAUACCACAGAAAGUGAUUUGAAACAGCGGCGAGAAAUCAAGAACAAAGCUGCAAUAUAUUAUGAUCAGUGCGCUGUGCGUGCUGCAGUUAAUGGACGCGUUUUGGUGCUUGAUGGCGUAGAGCAUGCUGAACGCAAUGUAUUACCAAUAUUAAAUAAUUUACUAGAAAAUCGUGAAAUGCAUCUAGAAAAUGGGAAAUUCUUAAUGGCUCCCGAACGCUACGAUAAGUUAUUAGAAACACAUACCAAAGAAGAGAUGGAUAAGAAUGGUGUUCUGCGAGUGUCCGAAGACUUCCGCGUGGUUGCGAUCGGGCUUCCUACACACAAAUAUAAAGGCACACCAUUAGAUCCACCACUGCGUUCUCGCUUCCAGUCCCGCAACGUAUCGCACUAUGCCUUUGAUGAGAUUUUAACCAACCUGCAUCAUUACGCACCGAAUGUGCCUCCAGAGAAUAUCAAACGUUUGAUUAGCUUUGGCAUGGCAAUUCAAGCUGCGGAUCAAACCGAUAGUCUGCCAGACUUCCCCCUUGACAACUUGCAUUUGGUAGCAAAAAUGAUGGACGCUAAUCCACACAUCAGCGUGCAUGAUGCAAUAACCCGUAUUUAUCCAUACCAAACAUCAAUGAAGAAGGAACGUAUUGAACGCAUCAAAUCGCUGCUGAAAUCUUUUAAAAUAGACGCAGUGAUUAGCAAGGCAGUAAAGUGUAUUUCUAAAUCCAACUCGACGGAGGAAGCUGCUUAUAUACGGUUUAAUAUCGAUGACGUGUCUAUUUCAUUGUCUGGUAGCCAUUGGCCAGCCCCGCAGCGAAAAAUUAACGAAUUCGUAGACCUAGAUCAUCAACGCAACGUGUUAGCCGCAAUGAUACAAUCAAUUGCAGUGGGAGACAUAUGCUUAAUUGGUCAAAAAGGUGUUGGAAAAAUGACUCUGACCAGUCAUUUGGUGCACUUGCUAAACCAAUCACUUGAAACUAUGAUUCUCUAUGAGGAUAUGACUUCGCGUGAUCUUAUUCAGCAACGCAUUACUUCGACAGAUGGAGACACGGUAUGGCGCGAUUCACCAUUGGUACGAGCAGCUAAAUGUGGUUCUAUAGCUGUACUAAAUGGCGUACAUCAUUUGCACAAGAGCACAAUUACAGCACUGCAACGUUUAAUUCAGGAUCGCGAAUUGCAGCUCUGUGACGGCACGAUUUUGGUGCGUCCCGAUCGCUAUAAUGCACUUCUUCAGCAAGGCUUCACUAAAUUAGAACUAGCUGAAAAGGGUAUACUCAAAAUACAUGAUUCCUUUCGCAUUAUAGCAUUGGGCGAACCGCCGAGUCCCGGCCAACCUGCACAAAAUUGGCUCACUUCUGAAAUCCUCAGCUUAUUCUUGUUCCUUGAAGUACGGCCACUUCAACAGAGUGAAGAAUAUGAAAUCAUAAGAAAACUUUAUGGCGAAAUUAAUGAUGAUAUUCAAAAAAUAAUUAACUUAUCACAUUAUUUGCGGGAGUCAUCAGAUCCGACCCUCUUGAACUUAGCUGGUACUUUGUCAACGCGCCAAUUGUUGAAAAUUGCGCGGCGAAUAUCUGCUUUUCCAAGUGGUACCUCUGGAGGGAGCGACUUAAUCUCCGCCUACGAUAUACUUCAAAAUACAUUUCUCGCCAAAUUUAUGCCGGCUUUGCCGCGUGCAGCGCUUGAAGACGCCAUAGCUCGCUCGGGCAUCGAGAAGACCAGCACACGGUCGGCUAUUCGACGCAAAAUUACCACUGAUGGAAAUGUGUUGACUAUAGGCAAAACUUCCAUGCCGCUUGUCGCAACGGAAGCGGAGUCUAAAGUACCCAGUACGCUAUUUUAUGAAAUGCCACAACAUGUAGAGCUCUUGGAGCGGCUAUUACAGGACUUCAUAAUCGGUGAUCACCUCUUGUUAGUUGGUAAUCAGGGUGUAGGAAAAAACAAGCUCAUCGAUAAACUACUUCAACUAAUGAACAAGGCGCGCGAGUACCUACAGCUGCAUCGCGAUACCACCGUGCAUAGCCUGACGGUUCAGUCAACGCUUCGCGAUGGUCAGGUCAUCUACGAGGACAGUCCACUUGUAAAAGCAGCGAAGAGCGGGCACAUAUUGGUAAUCGAUGAAGCAGACAAAGCUCCUGUAAAUGUAACAUGCAUAUUGCGAACGCUGGUCGAAAAUGGUGAAAUGUUUCUCUCAGACGGACGCAAAAUUGUACCUGCCGGCGAAGGUGCCGCUGCUCGAAAUGCGGGGUAUACUGGCGAAAUCAUCGAAAUGCAUCCCAAUUUCCGUAUAAUUGUGUUGGCAAACAGGCCAGGAUUUCCAUUCCUAGGCAAUGACUUUUUCGCCACUUUGGGUGACGUCUUUAGCUGCCACGCCAUUGAUAAUCCGUCGCCGGAUUCAGAAAUAUUUCUUCUGCAAAAAUAUGGCCCAUCAGUACCCAAGAAAACACUCUCUAUGCUGGUCGAUGCUUUUGGCGAGCUGCGUACAAUGGCCGAUGAAGGUGUACUCAAUUACCCUUACUCCACAAGAGAAGUGGUUAAUAUUGUGAAACAUUUGGAAAAAUAUCCGCACGACUCAAUGUCCGAAUUGGUUGGCAAUGUGCUGGACUUCGACAAAUAUCAACCCGAGGCUCUGGAACAAGUAACAACAGUACUAUCCAAGCAUGGCUUACCCAUAGAAGCAUAUGCGCGCAAUGAAUUGUUUGCAUUGCGGCGCAAGAAGGAAAUCCAAUUGACAGUUGAACGCAAAAGUGGUCUUGACGUUUCUAAUCCCAAAUACGGCAAAGUUGACCCAAAGAACGAGCCGCAUGUGGGCGGUAAUACGUGGGCUGGCGGUACUGGCGGUCGCGACACAGCUGGUCUUGGGGGCAAAGGUGGACCUUUUCGCCUGGAUGCCGGUCACAAAGUGCAUCAGCUCUCUGAUGAAGAGAAAGAUGCGAUACCGGAAGAGGUAAAACAGGCUGCCCGCGAAAUGAAUCGCAAGGCAUUCGAAGACAAGCUAAAAGAGAUUCGUAUGUCAGCUCAUGAUCAUAAGUUAUACGCACAAUUCAGCGAGCCGAUUCGGAAGCAAGUGCAGCAGCUCAAAGCAGUUUUAGAAGCUAUGCAGACGAAGAGUAAUGAAAGACAAUGGCAAAAAUACCAAACACAUGGGGAGUUAGAUGACACACGCUUGAUAGAGGGUAUUACUGGAGAAAAGAAUAUCUAUAGAAGACGUGCUGAGGCCAAUCCGUGGGCGGAUCAUAUUCAGGAGAAGCCCAAUAGGUUGAAGUUGGUAGUGGAUGUGUCGGGCUCCAUGUACAGAUUUAAUGGUUACGAUGGCCGUUUGGAUCGCGAACUCGAAGCCGUCGUAAUGGUUAUGGAAGCAUUCGAGGGCUUUGAAAAGAAAAUCGUGUAUGAUAUCGUUGGUCAUAGCGGCGAGGGUUGGAAAAUACCAUUUGUCAACGCUGGUAGCCCGCCAAAAACAGAUAAAGAACGUUUCGAAACAAUUCGUAUGAUGCAUGCACAUUCCCAAUUCUGCUGGUCUGGCGACAGUACUGUAAAGGCUAUUAAAGAAGCUGUGAAUACAUUGUCAACUGAGAACUAUGACAACUCAAUCGUUGUAGUGCUUAGCGAUGCGAACUUAUCACGUUAUGGCAUACAGCCAAAAGAGGUGGCGAAAGCUCUCAUGAAUGGUGAACCUAAAGUGAAAGGACAUAUGUUAUUCAUUGGCAGUUUAGAGGAGGAGGCUGAUGAAAUCAAUGCUCAAAUGCCGGCAGGGCAUAGUUAUGUUUGCAUGGAAUUAACGAAAUUGCCACAAAUUCUGAAACAGAUUUUCACUUCAUCAUUGCUGUGAGGUAGUUAAGAAAUGUUUAUCUUAAAUGGGAAUUAUUUUUUAACUAAAAAGUUUAUGAAUCUGUAGUUUUUUAAUGUGUAAUACGAGUAUAUGUGUCUAAAAAAGCAUGUAUGUAUGUAUAUAUUUUUAUAGCCAAAAUGUGCAUUUAUCAAUAACUGUUGGUACAUUUGUAAGUUCCUAGCUGAUACAAAAUAAAAUUGGGCCAGCUCCAAAAUCAUACCAAAUUAAAAACAAUAUCUUAUAUGGCAU